AUGGGCACACGGACUCUCGCCAGGAAGGCCCUUCUCUCCCGGGCAUCCUCUCGGCUCAAGAGUUGCUUCGGAACCGAGGCAACCGGCAUUCCGGAGACGAUCCAACAAGCAUCCAAUGCGUUCAUCACUCGGCUUGAUCCCCUGCUGGCUGCCAGCGAUCCCGUGGAGCAUCCAGACCCCGAGCUUGCAGGUCUGACCGUCGCGAUCAAGGAUAUUUUCUGUACACGUGGCUCGGUGACCAACUGUGCCAGUGCUGCAUUGGAAGACUUUAAGCCCCCCUACGAUGCCCACGUCGUCUCACAACUGCGUCGACAUGGCGCCAGGAUCGUAGGGAAGACGAACAUGGACGAGUUUUCUAUGGGGUCUGCGAGUACGUUUUCACAACAUGGGCCGGUCGUCAAUCCGCAUGGAUUCUGUCCGGAACGACAAGCCAUGAUCGAGUCCCGCUCGGCCGGUGGUAGUUCGGGAGGUUCAGCUGCUGCCGUGGCCGCAGGUUUAUGCGACAUUGGGAUCGGAUCCGAUACUGGAGGCUCGAUCCGUCUUCCUGCCGCCCAUUGCGGUCUCCUCGGCCUCAAACCCUCCUACGGGCUUAUCUCAAGGUUCGGUAUGAUUCAGUACUCCACUAGUCUGGACACCGUUGGCAUUCUAGCCCGGUCAGCCGAUCACAUUCGUAAGACAUUUUCUUGUCUAAAUGGCUUCGAUCGUCGUGACCUAACGUCCAUUCCCGUGAAAUAUCGUCUAAAAUCUAACGAGCUCAAUCGUCUUUGGCAAGCGCGUUUCGCUCAGGAGUCUGGAGACCUUUCUAAUAUACGUGUCGGCGUGCCGAUUGAAUACUUCACUUCUGAUAUCUCGGAUGAUGUUCUCAGCGCUUUCAGAGCCACAGUUGACUUCCUCAAAGAACGUGGUGCUCAGUUUGUUUCGAUCUCCUUGCCGUCCACUGCGAACUGCCUCGGAGCAUAUUAUGUGAUUGCUAGUGCCGAGGCCAGUAGCAAUCUCGCUCGGUAUUCUGGAUUACACUACGGUCGUCGAAGUCUUGUGGAUCGCCCUUCCCGUACACAUAGUUUAUCUGUCGCUCGAAAUCUCUACUCGACCACAAGGACAGAAUCUUUGGGGGAUGAAGUCAAACGGAGAUUACUUCUGGGAACAUACGCCCUCUCCGCUAGUGGAAUGAAGAAUUACUUCAUUCAAGCUCAAAAGGUCCGGCUCCAGGUGCGAACAGAAUUCGAACGCACAUUCCGCAUGCCCAACGUGCUCUCGACGGGUGAGGGAUCGGUCUCAUCAACCGGGGUGGAUGUCUUGCUCACGCCUGCCACUCUGGGUACCGCGCCUCCACUGGAUGAUUCGAAACGGAGUGUCGAAAGCUGGAGCCAAGACCAGCUACUCGUACCCGCUAGCUUGGCCGGCCUUCCUGCAAUGACCAUUCCAGUCAACCCGCCCAAGCCCGCCGAAACUAUACCUUGGCCGGUCGGCGUUCAGAUCAUCGGGCAAUGGGGUGCUGAGCCCAUACUUCUUCAUCUUGCAUCGGUGUUCGAGCAGGUCAAAUAG